UUUUUUUUUUUUAAAAAUAGAAAAAUCGCGCGGCACAUGCGCCGCGAGUUCUAUUAUUAUACGGGCACAGGUCGGAUUACUCGGCGUGCGUUCGGCGGCGGCGGCGGCGGCGACGGCGGCAACGGCACCAGUGCAACGGAAUCCAAUACGGCAUAACCGUUCGUAUCUUCAUCGCUGUGGGGCAGCUCUCUCGCUCAGCGCACCGGUGUUCCGCCGCGUUAUCAGUGUCUCGGCCGUUGUUAUCAGUGUGACGUUAGUGUUUCGGGUUUUUUUUUUUUUUUAUUCGCGAUAUUUCAAUUCCGUACGCCGAUCUUUUCGCGUUUGCCCGAUCCGCCGUUCGCCCGUUUCGCGUGUGCGCGUAGUGCGCGGAUGACCGGUCGUAGGCGGUCAAGUGCAUGAGGUGGACAGCGAUGGACAGUGCGUCUGGCGGUGGCGGCCGCGACAACAGAUUCGGCAUGGGCUACGCGUCGAACAUGUCGCUGUUGGACCCGUCGGACAUCUACAACAACGGCGUCGGCGGCGGCGGUGGCGGCCAACAGCAACGUCCGUCCACGUCGCGCUCGCCGUCCAUGAUCGGUUGCGGUCCCGUGCUUCAGCGUGGCAUCAAGCGGACUCUUGGGCCCGGCAACAACAUGUGCUACGAACCGACCGACCACCAUCGGUUGGUCGACGAUAAUUUUUCGCCACCUUCCAUCAAGGACGUUUCGCCGUCCAACGGCAAGAAGACCAAGGGUAGAGUUAAAAUCAAAAUGGAAUACAUUGAGAAUAAGCUUCGCAGGUAUACAACGUUCUCCAAGAGGAAAACUGGCAUUAUGAAAAAGGCAUAUGAGUUGUCAACAUUGACUGGUACACAAGUAAUGCUGUUAGUAGCAUCUGAAACGGGUCAUGUUUAUACAUUUGCUACACGCAAGUUACAGCCAAUGAUUACUUCUGAAGCGGGUAAAGCACUUAUACAGACAUGUUUAAACUCACCAGAUCCAUGUCCUUCUUCAUCUGGUGCUAACUCAGGGGACCAACGCAUGUCUGCGACUGGAUUUGAAGAAACCGAUCUGUCAUACAACAUCGGCGAUGACCACGAUUCCAAAGUAAGGCAGUUUGUGUAUGGCCAACAGAGUCCUGUCCACCAUCCACACCAUCAACAACACCAUCCCCAACACAUCAUGGCCAUGUCCCCGCCUGCUCAUCUCAUACCCUCAUCUAGUCCCAGCCCGCUGAUGCACACGGCCAACUAUCAACAACAGUGCACGUCCCCGCUGCCAUUACACCAGUACCCUCACAUGGCGUCCCAUUCACACAAUCAGCGGUAAUGUUCAGUUGAACUCGCAUUGACGGGAUGAUAAAUUAAAAAAACAAAUUAAUAAAAUUGAAGUAGACUGAGCUAUUGUGUCUGUACGAGGAAAAAUAUAUUACUAAAAAAUCGAAUGCCCGGCAAUGAGUUCAACCGAACAUUGUCACAUCUACGUCUACAGUGUAGACAAUCCUAUUCGUCCGUGUUGAUUGCUGUGUGUUAUGCUUUGUGUGUUAUGUUAAUUUUUGCUGUGUUGUAGUUUAUAAUAUAACCUUAAAUCACUA